UGAUAGGAUUGUCCAGGUGUAAUGUAAUGUUCAGUUUGGAGUCAAACAUGAAUUAGAAGAGGAGCUCGUCAAAAUCCAGACUCUGGCCGUGGGGUUAGCUUACUCUGCCACUGCUCGUGUUUUUUGUCCUUUAUUUAUUUCAAAAAAACACCGCCACCGCCGCAGCCAUCGGCGGUUUUUAUUUCCUUUUGUUUAAGAAGAGAUACGCAUAAAAGGGAGUGUAACGUAAUUCAUCAUCCUCAGCUGGUACCUGCCAUGAACGCUGCUUUCUAUGUAUGCUGCUGGAUAACUACCAACACACAUUCUCCCUUGCCUACGUUGUCCCCGACCUGAUACGCCGCCGUUCUGCUCCCUUUUCCUUUCAUCUUUCCUUAACAGAAUGGAAGAUACGGAGGUGCCUAGUCAAGAUUGGGCCCUGGCCGCUGAUGUGCCCGUUGUUGAUGCCACAGGUGUCGUGGAUGAUGUCGCUGGUGUCAUGGAUGAUGUCUUGCCUGACCAGCUAGAGGAUAAUCAAAAGAAUCCCUCUGAAAACGGGAAAACAUCUGUUCCUGCUCCUGAGGAUGAUAAUCAUAACAACACUCAUACUUUGGCAAGUGAUGUGCAUAUGAGCGACAUUGAAUUUCUACCUGACGAGAAAGCUACUGCUACUACCACUAUUGCUGCUGAUACCAAUAUGAUGAAUGAUGAGAACACUAUUGCUACAACCACUACUGCUGCUGAUGCCAAUGUGAAUGAUGAGAAAACUACUGCUACAACCACGAUUGCUGCCGAUGCCAAUGUCAAUGAUGCUACUAGCAUUGAUGUGGCAGAAAGUAUAAAUGAUGGAAAUGGCGCUGCUCAAGUUCUUAUCCAGCCGGAUGCUCUUGCUGUUAUCCCCAUUACUCAGAGAAAGCCUUCCGCUUCUAGAACAAGGCAUGAGAGUGGGACGAAAUCAAAGGGAGUCUGGACUGAUUUUGAGAUGGGGGAAGCUGAUGACUCCGGGACCCCUGAAGACCGAGCAGAAUUCAUGAGGGAUCUGGAAGCUUUCUGCAAGGAACACCACCACGAAUAUAAGCCCCCUAAGUUUUAUGGAGAGCCAUUAAAUUGCCUGAAGUUGUGGAGAUCUGUUAUCAGACUAGGUGGCUAUGAAGUGGUCACUGCAUCUAAAUUAUGGCGGCAAGUAGGAGAGUCUUUCCAUCCCCCGAAAACAUGUACAACAGUUUCUUGGACAUUCCGCAUAUUCUAUGAGAAGACGCUUUUGGAAUAUGAAAAGCACAAGAGUCAAAUUGGUGAGCUGCAACUUCCUAACUCACCCCUACACCAGCCUGCUAGUGUUGAAAAGGAGGUAAGUGGAUACCAAGCACCAGGAUCUGGUAGGGCAAGAAGGGAUUCUGCAGCUCGUGCUAUGCAGGGUUGGCAUGCCCAACGUCUUCUUGGACAUGGUGAGGUUAGUGAACCUAUUAUCAAGGACAGGAAUGUCAGUUCUGCACCAAGGCGUGAAAAACCGCUCAAAAGUAUUGGUCUCCUUAAACAUAAGAGUAACCUUGAUAUUUCAGAGAGACACGGAAACAUGGAAACAGACAAAGAGUUGGAUUUGGAAGUUAUUGAUGUUGGACCCCCGGCUGAUUGGGUGAAGGUCAACGUGCGGGAAUCUAAUGAUUGCUUUGAGGUGUAUGCUCUGGUCCCUGGGCUUCUGAGGGAGGAGGUGCGAGUUCAAUCAGAUCCCGCUGGACGUCUGGUUAUAACGGGUCAACCAGAGCAGCUUGAUAAUCCUUGGGGUAUAACACCAUUUAAGAAGGUGAUAAGCUUACCUUCAAGAAUUGAUCCGCUUCAAACAUCUGCUGUGGUGAGCCUUCAUGGCCGACUCUAUGUUCGCGUCCCAAUUGAGAGAGGAUCAGCUUGAGUUUCUAUUUAAGGAUCUGGGUGGAACAACUUUGCUGAAAAUAUUUGAAAUCUCAGGGAGAAGGUGUGCGAUGUAGAGACAUGUUUGUUUCCUUGUUGUUAGAUAGUCCAAACUGACAUACUUUGUAGAAGUAGUUAAUCUUAUGUGCAACACAUACAAGUUAGUUCCAAAGACUUUUUUAGUUGUUCAAACUGAAUAUGUGUUGGUUUAUGAGGAGUUCCCCCUUAGGUUAAGCAAUCUGGUGGCAAUAACUUCUUAUUUGUUCAUGGCUGGCUCUUCAGUGAACACACGCAGCUGCGGGUAAGCCUGCCGUUUACUGGUUUAGUUAUAGUAAUUAAUAUCUGAUAUAUUAUUGUUGGUUAGCUGAGACCAUGGAUGAAUCUCAAGCCUCAGAUGCCACUGGGAAUGGAUUAUUGAGUAUUAAGAUAGGCGCUUAGUGGGAGAGGCACCAUAAAAGGUACAUUAGGAUGAUUCGCUUCUUAAUGAGCAAAUGUAAUGAAAUAUUCUUUAAUUAGUAGUAUUUAAGGGUUUAGUUA